UUAUUUUGACUUGUUCCAGCAUUUUUGAGUGUAUUUCCUAGGUGUAAUCUUUUUAUAUUAAACUGGGCACUCAUUCAGAUACUAAUAUUUUUUUUUUCGCAAAAUUUGAUGGAAUAAUAAGUAACAAUGUUGAAAUUACUACUAAUAUCCUGCAUAUGUUAUAGUUCCGCUCAUUCUUCCGUUUUAAGAAGAGUUGGUAGUUUUGAUGUUAAACAUCCGGCAUUUACGAGUUUAUAUAAAGACUCAAGUGUUUCAGAUCAGUCCGAAAAUUAUAAUCUUAUAGUUUCGACGUUCGCCGGGCCGAGUUUGUUCGGUGGCGGAGAUAACGUACAGUUGGUUCGUAGGGUGGGAUCGUUUAUGAAAAAUGUGAAUGGAAUUGUUCCUGAGGUUUUGACCACGAGUGUGACAUGGCCGAACGAGAUCUCAGCAGUACCAGACGGUAUUUUCUCUGAGAAGAUGUUGGUCAUUCCUGAUGGAUUUUUGGUACCUUUAAAAACAAAUGGUGCCAUCAAACUGGUGGACAUUACGAACGGUGCAAACAGAGGUCCAUACACGUUGACCAGUAAGGAUUCAGCCGGGGAUUGGUUCUACCAUCGGGUUCAGUGGCACGAUAUGGACGGAGAUGGCGAUCAAGAUAUAGUAACAUGUCGAGCACGAGAACCAGCUGUUCCGCUUUUGUUUGGUAGAGAAGACGAAGAGCUAAUUUGGCUGGAAAAUCCUUCCGGUGAUUAUAGAUCAAAAUGGAACACGCACGUGCUCGCACAUGGGCCAGAUGUUUACUUCCGGUUUGCGAAAAUGAACACUGCCGACGGCCUGAAAGAAUGUAUUUUUACGGCCCAGUUUUUCACUUCCAGCAUAUCUGUUUACUGGACGACACAAUCCAAUGGUCUGUUCACGGACACUAAUCAGAUUCAGAGCCGGGUGAUAGACAACACUAUUGGUAAAGUGUUUGAAGUGGAUAUUGCAGAUCUCAACAAUGACGGUAAAAUGGACCUGCUUGUUACAACCAACGGCCACAAUGGAACAUUACUGGCGUACGAGAUACCAGACGAUUUUAGAACUGGUAAAUUUGUAAAACACACAAUAGACGUGGGAUUUAAACCAAGACAGUCCGGCAUCGGCAAAGGAGCCCCUGGAAGUGCAAUAGCAGUUCAACCAAACGUAAAUGUUGCAAAUAUUAAGCCAGUAAUUCUUCUGUCGGGAGAUGACGACGGACGGGCUUACAGUUACGAAGCUCAAUCCCAGGAUCCGACAGACUGGUCCUACACAAAGACAACUUUUUGUGACGCUGGAUCUGGAACCGUCGGAGAAUUGUCCGCCGCCGACGUCGAUAACGAUGGAUUUACUGACGUAUUUGUGCCGUCAUAUAGUAAAAAUGAAGUCAUCGCAUACACGUUCGCACCUGCAGAUGACAAUCAAUUAGGCGCCCUUGGUUAAUUUCUGUAUCGAACCAGUACCGAUAACUCUUGUUGCCUGUAGGUGAAAAACAGAAAAAAAGAAAGAAAUAGUGUGUGUAUAUAUUCUUUGUUUAUAUUUAUCUUACCAUAAAUGUUUUUGAUUAUCGCCCAUAUUGUUUUGUACUGUAUUUGUUUUAAUAAGUUUACUUUGUUGCUUUUUUAAACUUCUAUGUUUGAUCACUCAUAUCAUUAAAUUUAAACUUCAACCAC